AUGUUGAAAAGAGCUGUUGCCAGAAGAUUUUUUGAUACUUAUGAUAGAGAUAGAAAUGGAUAUAUUGAUAAUGUUGUAGGCAUUGUAGAUAUAUAUAUAUAUCAUUAAUCGAAUUUUCUAACCUUAGAUGGGAUAUUGAUUCAAUUCAAAAUUAUAGCCAUAUUUUUAUAGAAUGUUAAAUAAAAAUUAAGAAGGCAAAAUCAUCUAUCAGAAACUUAAAGAUUUUUACAUUAGAUAUCUAUGAUUGACCACCAAAAAGUGUAUAUGUUAUCAUUUAAACUUCUUGUUAUCCAUCCUUGGAGCAGAAAGGUAAUAAUUUGGUUAUGCUGGUGCUGUCAAUUUUCCAAUAUCUAAAGCAUCAUAUUAAAAUAGUAUCACAUUAAAGAUCAUCAUUAAAAUAUAAGUCUUAAAUUAUUGUAUUCGUAUUCAAAUUAUUAGAACUUUUAGAUGCUACCAUUAAAUAUAUUUAUUUAUUUUAUUUUUUGA